AUGACUGAAGAGUCAGGGAAACGCAAGGCUGGAGGAGCCCUCGCCGCCCAGAACCGUCCCGUCAAGCGGCGAGCAUCCAAAGCCUGCUGCUGCUGUCGCGCUCGCAAAGUUCGGUGCGACGUGGUAGAAAAUGGUUCUCCUUGUACGAAUUGCCGCCUCGACCAAGUCGAAUGCGUCGUCACCGAGAGCAAGCGGAGAAAAAAGUCGCGUGUGGAGAUAGACAACGCUCGGCCUUCGGAGUCGCCCCGUGAGGACUCGGAGGACAACUCGCUACUGGGCCGUAUCGGCGAGAUCCAGGGCAUGUCGGAUAUGGUGCCCACUUCGCCUUCGCAGAACUCGGUCGAUAUCGACCACGGGCAACAUAUGCCUCAUCUACUGUACCAAUCGCAGGCGACUCGCGUAGGGUCCGUUGACCGCCAUCGCCGACGAAUGGCCCCUAACCCGGCUGUUCCCUCGACGAUGCCGCUGGCCAACGCCACAUUGCAGAUCCAGCAGUUGCUCGACCCGUCCUUUGGAAACAACUGUCCCGCCAGUGGCUACCUUCCCGACUACAUCCGAGGCCUCCCUGCCCGACUCCAGAAGGAAGAUAUCGACUACCUGUCCGCCAAGGGAGCACUCUCCAUUCCGGACGUGAGCCUGCGAAACGAACUCUUGAAGGCCUAUGUCCACUACGUGCACACGUAUAUGCCUUUAUUGGAUUUGGAGGAAUUCCUCCAGACCGUCGCGCACAAUGACGGAAUCCAUCGCAUCAGUCUGCUGCUGUUCCAGGCCGUGAUGUUCGCCGGAGUGGCUUUUGUUGAUAUCAAACACCUAAAGGCCGCUGGCUACCAGACUCGCAAAGCGGCCCGCAAGAUCUUCUUCCAGCGCGCUCGACUCCUAUAUGAUUUCGAUUACGAGGUGGACCGCAUCUCUCUGGUCCAAUCUCUGCUUCUGAUGACUUACUGGUACGAAACCCCCGAUGACCAGAAAGAUACGUGGCACUGGAUGGGUGUCAGUCUCUCUCUGGCUCACACCAUCGGCCUUCACCGCGACCCCGGCAACUCGCGGAUGGAUCUCCGCCGCCAAAGGAUGUGGAAGCGAAUCUGGUGGAGCACGUAUACUCGUGACCGAUUGAUUGCCUUGGGCAUGCGACGACCGAUGCGUGUCAAGGACGACGACUGCGAUGUGCCCAUGCUCACCCUGGACGACUUUGAAUUCCAGACUUUCUCCCCUGAAAUUGUUCAGAUGGUUGGGGGUUCGGAGAUUCUGCAGAACGUCAGCCAGCAGCGAGAGCUGGCACUGAUGUUCAUCGAAAAGGCCAAGCUCUGUCUCUGCGUGAGCCAUGUGCUUUCGGCCCAGUACUCCGUUCUCAGCCACAAGUUCGGCGGCACCAUGGAGACUACCAUGAUGCUGGUCCCGAAGAAGUCUACUGCGGAGACCUUCGAGGUGCGACGCUGCGACCAGGAACUCGAGGAUUGGGUUGCGAAUCUUCCCGUGGAAACUCAGUACUCGCCAUCCGGCGGGUCAAAGUUGUCGGAGGCUGGCGAGGUGCUGCACUCGCACCGCGCUCUCCUGAAGAUGGUCUACCUGACUACAUCUAGCGCUCUGCACCGCCCGCAGGUCCUGCCAGCCAUUCCCUUCCCGUCCCCGGACGCCGAACUGCAGGAAAUGUCUCGCAACAAGGUUCGAUUCGCGGCCGUGGAGAUCACCAGCAUCGCCCACGAUCUGCACACCUUGAACUUGACACGAUUCUACCCUACAACCGGUGUUACAGUUCUUUUGCCCGCCGUCAUCAUCCAUCUCCUGGAUAUCAAAUCCAGCGAUCCCGCCGUGCGGAUGACCAGUCUCCAGCGCUUCUACCAGUGCAUGCGCAUUCUACAGCGCCUGCGUGAGAUUUACGCAUCCGCCGACUUCGCUACCUCGUUUUUGGAAGCAGCCAUCCGCAAGGCCGGCAUCCAGCUCACCGUCCCACCGCAAGAUGUGCAGUCCUCGCGGUCUCGCAAGACCAACAGCAGUAACGACCCCUUGGACGUGCUUUCUUCCACCAAUGCCCUGACACCUCCGCCAGAUUCAUUGGCCCAGAAGAUCCCAGAUCUUACCUACCCCAAGGCGGCCUCCGCAGGCGGGUGGCCUACUGGGGACCUGUUUGCCUCGACCCCACCACAGUCCGACGGCAGCGAAAACGGCAGCACCAACAACCUCAACCAGCGCCACAACAGCCACGACUCCUUCGCUAUCCCCGAUCUGAACUCUGAAAUGAGCCUGACCGAGUUGAUGGAUCUGGCCAACGAUGCCGAAGUUACCCAGAAUGACUUUGACGCCUUGAUCAACUUUGAUGAGGCUGUUGGUAACGAUCUGUUCGAUGACUCCCAGCCCGGUGCCCCAGACAAGGGCUUCGAUUUCGGCGUUGACAACGUAAAGGUGAUGGGCUUCGACACCGAUCCCAAAGCCAUCGAUUUUGCGCAUCUCGCCGAGCCGCACAUCGAGCGCAGGUCCACGGGUCCCGACUAA